AUGCCUCCCCAGUUGCGGGUACCCAGUCUCGAAUGGGGAGGUUGUACCUCCAGUCCAACCAGAAGUAUAAGAGCAACAGCGAGUCGACCAACUGGCCCCAGAAGAGUCAGUUGCACCACAAGUGGAUCAAGAAAGGAUCAAUUCGGCCCUCGUGCACGGGUUCCUAAACCUACGGACCCUGCUACGGUAGUAGGGACCAGAAGACCCGGCUGCACUAAGAAAUAA